AUGAUACGACAUGAUGCAACGCAAAGUUCAUCAAGUAAAAUCAGAACUUCACUUUUACCGACGAAUAGUUUAUUAGUUCCAACCAAUCUAAGGCGAUGUCGGUCAGCAUCACCGCUAUCAUCACGAUUUCCACUUUUAAGCAAAGAACAGCAAGCGCUUAUCAAGCGAUCUUGGCAAAAAGUUCCACGUGCAGUGGUGGGUAAUUCAAUAUGUGCACAUAUGACGACAAGGAAUGAAGAUAUGCGCCCUGUAUUCGGUGGUGAUUUGAAUUCCAUCCAACGUCAUGCACGACAUUUUGUAGGUCUCUUACAAUGCGCCAUCGAUAAUAUAGCUGAUUUGGAGCAAGCGCUACAGCCUUGGCUUGAUUUAAUUGGCCAAGGUCAUAAUGGUUUUGCUAUAAGAAGUUCUGACUGGGAUGCCUUAGGAGAAGCAAUCGUUGAUGCUGUAACAAAGUGGAUAAGUCCUGGAAAAGGCCACAAAGAAACUGUCAAAGCGUGGAUGUUAUUUACGUGCUUUCUGUCAGAUUGCUUAGGUGCAGCAUCAAGAGCUGGCAUUCAUAAUACGUCGUCUAUUCCAAGACUGCAACUUAUUACAUUAAUGGUUUCGGGUCCUCCUAGCCAAUUGAAAAAUCAGUCCUAG